UCUCAAAGCUCAUUCAUACAGCUGCCACGAUGAAAUUCCUUCUAUCAGCGCUAUUUACCAUCUUGGCCAUCAUUGGCCUGGGUCAAUCUCAUCAGUUCCCAGAUUUCGGCAAAGGUGCUCUUCAUGAAGAUCUUCAAGAUAUUCUCGAUUUACUGCCUGUGAGACAAAUUGCUAGAGUUGUGAGAAAUUACUUGGAGUAUGAUCCUGAAGUAAAAGAAGCUGUUGACUUUCUCAUAACCACACCUGUACUCAAAAACCUAGUGAUAGAUUUCGAGAAUAUUCCCGAAGUGCUCAAUCUUCUUGAUUAUUUGCAAAAAGAAGGCAUCGAAAGCUAUUAUUUGAUAAAUCAAAUUAAUAAAGCCCUUAAAAUCAAAGAACUAAUUCCACCAACACCGACACCAACACCGACAACACCGACACCAACACCAACACCAACAUCAACACCAACACCAACACCAACACCAACACCAACGCCAACAUCAACACCUACAUCUUCAUCUGCAUCUACAUCGACACCAACACCAACACCAACACCAACAUCAACACCUACAUCUUCAUCUGCACCUACAUCGAAAUCUACCUUUGCCUCUUCAGCUGAUAUUAGACCUCUCUCUUAUAUUGCAAUGAAAAGAAGAACUGGUGGGCUUGCAGGAUUAUUUAAAGACAUCAAGGACCUCUUGAGUUAUGAUGACUUUCUUAGUCUAUACGUGGAUAAGCUGAGAAAUUCCUCCGCCUUUAAUAAUUUGCUCAAAGAACUCAAAUCCAACAGCCAACAGAUCGCUAACAAGCUUUCCGAAAGUGAAUCCUUCCAGAUCAUUCUAAGAGGCCUCAAGAAUAAAAAUGUAAAUUUAAGAUUCGUAGGAGAUAUCUUGUAUAUUGUUCUCGGUGUUACUAUACCAGAAAUUCCUAAAACGCUAGUAGAAGAGAUUGCCGACUUUGUGAAACUUCUUCCAACAAAACAGAUUAUUGAGAUAAUAAUCAAAUAUAUAAAUGAAGAUAAAGAAGUACAAAAUGCUAUUCUCUUCAUGUUCGAUUCUCAAUUCCAUAAUCUGUUACGCGAUCUUGAAGCUCUUGAGGAACAUAAAAAAUUAGUAGUAUUUCUCCAUAAUGCUGGAGUUCCUGUUAUUCAACAGCUCAAGGAAUUCCAUAAUAUGAUCGGUAUGGAGGACUAUGUGCCUCCUAAAAUAGAAAGCUUCCUCAAAUCUCAAAUUAAAAUACAAGAGAUCGGCGGUGGAAUGAAAGCAAUGAUCAAGGACAUUAACGCUUUGCUACCUCUUGAAAAGAUUGAUGCUCUUUUUGAGGAAAAAAUCAAAACUUCCAAAGUUUUUAGCAAGUUUGUCACACUGGUUUCAUCUGAGGAAUUUACAAAUAUUCUUAAAAAUCUCUCUGAUACUAAAACUUAUCAGGAAUUUAUCACGAAAAGCAAUGACCAAGGAUUAUAUUUAGAAGACCUCACGAAACUUAAUGUCAGAAUAAUUGGCUUUAAAUAAAAGAUUAUUUAGUAUUUUAAACAUUAACUAUUUGCAAUUUAUACAAACAAAUUAUAUAUUGAUGUAAUAAUGUAAGAAUGUUCGAAUAUAUAUAUAUAUAUAUAUAUAUUGCUUCUGUGUAAUUAAUAAAAAAUUUACUGCGUCUUAUAAUAAA